AUGCCUAGCAAGCUCACUACUACGUACCCUAACCACGUUACUGUAUCCCCUGCGGCUGCUACAAGAAAGCAGUGUUGGAGUGUUAGGGGUGCAGAGAAGAAAAGAGUCGAAGGAUCGAAGACGGCAGAAGCCAGCAACGAGGUCCAGGGGUGGCGUUGGCCAGGGAGAGUGGUAGCUACACAUGGUGGUUACGGUCAGCGGCUUCUUCAGGCCCCCGGCCGUGGCUAUCAGGUAGUGGAUCUCCCGCAGAUGGUGGAGAUGGUGGCGUGCAUCAUCGUCCUAGCACAUGCACGCAAAGAGACUCCGCCGAUGGGCCAGUGGCGUCACAUGUCGCGCCGUGAAUGGAAGGCACUGCACCCCAACGCCUGGGUACCUCCCCAACGCAGGCGACCACUCGUGCCCGUGACCCCACCACAAGUACGGGCCACGCCGAAGGCAAGCGAAAGGAAGGAGAUCGGGGUCCUCGACCUCGUCCCUACCCAGGUCUCGGGGGCCAUGAGUAGGAGGAUCCACACGAGUGCCAUAGACCUCCAACUUCUGCCACCCUUGCCUACGACACCGCAAGCACCGCCCCAGACGCUCGAGGUCGACGAACAGACCUUUAACCGGGUAAUGUUCGAAAUGUAUUGCGAACGGGUUAUCGCGGGCGUACUGCCGCUCCCGGGAGGUUUCCUGGGGGCUUAUAUCACCCUCAUCACCCCGCCCCCGCCCCCACGGCCGACUCUCGUUCAUCGCCUGGCCCACGGCUAUCACUUCAGCGGCGUGGAGGCACUGGUCCAGCCCUCCAUCUGGGGCCCCAUCGACUUCGUCCUGCCCCCCCUCGCGCAGGACCCAGGGCCCGAGGCGUGCGACGUAUCUGCCCAAGAGACUAACAACAAAAACAGAACACAAACCACUGCACUUGCCGCGUUCAUGAUGGAACGGGAGCCCAAUCGACAAUACCCCCAAUCUGAAACCUAUCGCAAGCUAACAACGAUGUCCUCCGACUCCAUCACCACCCACCCCCAUAACGCGACGGCAUCCCCUGCGACUGCACCGAAGGAGCAGUUGAGAUACUGGGGUGCAGAGAGUACAGAGGAGAAGAGGGUAGAAAACUCGGAGAGGGAAGAAGGUAGCAGCCGUAUACAGCGAUGGGUGGCGUUGGUCAAGGGGGCUGCUCAUGAUGGUCACGGUCGGCGGCAUCCUCAGGGCCGUUGGCUGUGGCCAUCAAGCAGUGGAUCUCUCAUAGGUGGAAGACACGGUGGCGUGCAUCAUGGCCCUAGCGCAUGUGCGCCGAAGACCGAUGUGCGCCUGGGGACAUGCGAGGAGACUCUACCGCCGACGGUCCCACGCCGUCAUUUAAGUCGCAGCGAGUGGAAAAGACUAUACCCAAACGUCAAAGUGCCCCUUCAACACCUUCGGCCGCUCGUGGAGGUAACCCCAACCCAGGUCUGGUCUCAGCCGAAAGUCAAGGAGAUCGGCGUCCUUGACAUGGUCCCCAGCCAGGUGUCGGGGGCGAGGAGGUUCCCCCCAAGCGACGCGGACCGCCAGGCCCUCUUAUCCUUGCCUACGACCGCAACGCCACAGUCUCGGACCAUCGAGGUCAGCGCGGAGACGUUCAACGAGGUCUUAUGGGAACUCCACCGCGAGUGGGUGGCCACGAACCGAUGUGGGGACACUGGGACACUGCUCCGUCUGGGCGCCCGUGGCGGGGAGCCUCGCUUCACCGUCGACCCUGAGGCGACAGUCCGAAUCGCGUGCCAGACGGAGCACGACGCGACGUUUAUUCCUACCCCGCAGCCGUCCUCCAUCGACCAACAGCGCCACGUCAGCGAGUUGGUCUACGAGACCCUCGCAUCGACAUUUCCGGAGGCUGCUCGAGGAGCCUGUCGUCGCCAAGCGGAGCACGCAAAACUCCUCUCGCAGGUCGCGCGCGAGGCCCGAGAUUUCGUAUGCCCGCGUGUCGAGGCGGUGUUGUCUGAGGUCACAACUUCAGGCGACGAUUCGUCGCUGCACGCCACACCACGACCACCUCGUGUCAUGAACGGCACGUCUGACGAGGAGGCGCCGGCAACGCCGAGACCGAGGGCGAGCACUAACGUCGGCGCCCCGACCGAGACUCGUCUUCUUCCACCGAUCCCUGCGCCAGAGCUCAACGUGGACGAAAUGGUCGCCACAAUUGUCGCCAAAGCGUGCGACAUAUCCGCUCCGGAAACCAACAACAAGAAUAAAACGGAAACCACCGAGCUCGCCGCGUUCACGGUGGAACAGGGGCUCAACUCGCCUGUGCCUGGCUUGUCCCAUCCCGACGAGGUGAUUAUGGGCUGGGCGGUGGGUUACCUAUCCCAGAGGAACCUGGAGAACGCGACAUACCAUCGUUUGAGGAUGGCUGUCGACCCGAGCCACCUCGCGGAUGCAUCGGAGGGCGGAGAAGUGAAGUUGCCUGGAGCCGUCGAUAUGUCCAUGUACGAGGCCUACCGCGAGAGGCUGGCGAUGGCGUCCAGCAUCGAGAAGUUGCGGAUCCCGAGGCCGACGGGGGUGAAGUACUGCGUUGACUUCGAGGCAAUGGCGGAUGUGGCGACGAGGUGCGAGGAAGACUUCAUCAGGCCGUAUGUCCCGGGGUACAUGGACGACGGUGAGGUGCGGGAAGAGACGUCGGUUGUGCUGGUUGAAGAGGUCAAGCAUGGACCUGUGGGUGAUUUCAUAUGUAUUUCGGAAUCGGAUACGGACUGGAUGUGA